AUGAAGGACCCGAGAUUACAGGGCCCCUACAGAAAGUAUCUCCCCUAUAAUAUCCUUGAACAGUGCGGAGUGGGUCGCUUGACUGCACUAGAUUAUAUUUCCGCGUCUUUAGUUGUUGUUGCUAAUUUCACAUUAAUAUGGAACUCGCAUUCCCCAUCAUUUUGGACCCGUCCAUGGGAUGACAAUACUGAGCAGGAACUCUCCAAAGUUAUCCAGUUUUAUCUGGAUAGGACUUUCUACAUCCAUGAAUUACCACCAUUCACCAUCCAAUUUUAUUCCAUCAUUCGGAGGCUAAACAUUACAGAAAAUUUAAGAUACGUUUCUUUGUUUUUGAAUUCUUCUACCUUAGCUUUCCUCUUCCUGACACUGAGAAGAAUUAAUUGCUCUUAUGUUAUUUCCACAGCGGGCUUACUAAUAUUGUCCAGCUGGGGGAGUUUUAAAAAUGAGGGCACCAUCUUAUCAUCUGACAGCUUAGAGUGGUGUCUGUUCUCAAUGAUAAUUCACAAUUCGAUAACCAUUUCAAUAGUGAAGUUUGGUACCACGAAAUGGUUCACUCAUUUCACGAUGUUAUCGAUUUCCUUGGGACUUGCAAUAUCUUCCAAAUUCAUUGGGUUUCUGACAUGGGUCUUUGUGAUUCUUACUUUGGUGCUUAAAUUUGAUAGAUUUAUAGGUGAUGUCAAAGUCACUACCUCUCAAAUUAUAAAAUUCAGCACUGCGUGCUUACUAUUUACCAUGAUUAUCCCUGGUUCCAUCUUUAUCCUAAGUUACUGGAACUUACUUUCGAACUUCAAAACCGAUGUGCCGCAAUUUUCGAAAUAUAUGAGUGCCUCUUUCAAGUCGUAUCUGAGAGGUCCCCAAAUGCAACCAAGUCGGUUGUACUAUGGCUCAACGAUUACGUUACGCCAUUCAGACUCAAUGGUGGGAUACCUUACUUCCCAUGACAUUCCCUACCCGUCUGAUGUAGAUGAGCAGUUGGUAGCGUUAUCGUUCGAGGAGUUUGAUGUUGAUAAUGAAUGGGUAGUUGAGCAUCCGACAUCGAGGUUGAAUUUUUCUGAAAUACAUGAUAUUAGCCAAUUGACUCCUGUGGAGUUUAAUCAGAAUAUAAAAUUAAGGCACAAAUCGACGGGAAAACUAUUAAGAGCAAGCACCGCUAAACCGCCCAUUAGUGAGCAAGACUAUGAUCUUCAGGUCUCGUGUACGAAAGGUCCAGAGUACGAAGGAGGCAUGGAUGAGAGGUGGGACCUUCUCCUGAUAAAAGCUGGAAUCAACGAUAACAAAAACGAUAACACGGAUGAUAAGUACGUUAAGCCACUUCGAUCAAAAAUACAGCUAUACAACAACGGCCAGAGAUGCGGGCUUUUAGGUCAUGAUCUCAGAUUACCUGAAUGGGGUCGCUUUGAACAAGAAGUACUAUGUAUGGAGAGUCCGGUUAUACCAAGAACCGCCUUUGUAAUAGACUCAGCACAAUCACCAGUUGAUUUCCAAAUCCCAGUGGUGGAACACUAUAUGGGCGAGAUUUAUUCCUCAGGAGAAAUUGACCGUACUUUAUCUUGUACACAACUAUUUCAACUUCUCAAGGAAUACAUAUCCAAACAGUACAAGUACAAUUAUUACAUUAAAUACGGUAAAAACAAGGUAACUUUUGAAGAUGCGUUCGCUGUGGAGAAAUGGCCGAUAACGUUGGAUGUUAAAUCUCCCGGUUGGUUUAAGUUUGCCUGGUAUGGUUCCCUACUGUCGAUGCUUAUUUUCUUGUCCGUGCAAUGUAAUAGAGUAAUGCACUGGAAUCCAUGGUCAGCCGCUGAACCAACCUUUUCUGCCAAUUGGGAUAUUUACAAUGAGUUUUGCUGGAAAUGCAUAAUUGGCUGGCUUCUACAUUUUUAUGUCUUUACCAUGAGCCCCCAUUUCAAUUUGGAAAAAAAACUGUAUUUCCAAAGUUUUGUGUUUAGCGAAUUAUGUCUUCUGGAAUCGUUAAAUAUUCUUGCAGAGCGUCAUAGAACACUCUUUUAUAUUAUGAUUUUGUCGUCCAUUACUUCAAUAGUUCUCCUGUAUAAAUAG